AUGCUGCUAAGACAGUUAAUUACGUUGCCCCUACAAAGUUACCGCCAUAUCAGCUAUGUUCAAGGUCAAUCGCCAGCUCCUAAAGUGCGCGAAUAUUUCUACUACAUCGAUCACGAAGGAAUGCUAUUUCUAGACGAUGCGAGGAUAAAAAACUUCACCUCAUGCUUUAAGGAAAAGCAAUUUUUACAGUUCUUUUUCAAACGCCUCAAAUUGAACGAUACCGAUCGUUACCGAGAAGAAUUUCCGUUUUUAUCUAUAUGUGGUCGCGAGAGAAAUUUCAUCAGAUGCGACGAUCUUCCGAUCGUUUUUACACACAUAUUCCAGGAGAAUAGUUCAGAUUUGAUAUCUUACGCACAUGCGGGAGAUAAAAUGAGUGUUCCUUGGCAACCGGAGCGCAUUUGUAUGUUUCCGGACAGUGGCAGAGUGUACCAUCCAGCUCCCGAGCGGUACGGUGCAAUUGGAUUGGUAAGAUCAAAAUUAGCUAUCGAAUUGAGUUCCUUUUUCACGUUUGAAAAUGGAGAGGAUCAGCCACCUACUCGUUUUCGAUGGAAGGAUGAAGAUUACGAUCUCGAUCAACACUGGUGGAAGGAGACCUAUAUAGGAAGGAGGACGAAAGAGUAUUCUUAAAUAUCAAGUAAACACCAUAGAAUAGAGUGUUAUAAACCAUGUGAUAAAGUAGUUACUAUAAGA